ACCUUGACAGAGCCUUUUAAGGUCGGGGGUUGGGGGUCAGGCUACACAAUCCCAACGGACCCGAACCGCUUCCUGUUUACUCACACUCUCCAAAUGCCCUUAGGUAUGGAAUUCCAGGAUUUCGACGUCGUGACAAUGAAUGAACUGCGAUAGAUUUCUGAGUCGGGAUGGAGAGGGGCUUAAUGCCCUUAGGUAUGGAAUUCCAGGAUUUCGACGUCGUGACAAUGAAUGAACUGCGAUAGACUUCUGAGUCGGGGUGGAGAGGGGCUUAAUGCCCUUAGAUCGGCUGUUGGAGGCACAACCGGUGACAAGAUGACAGCUGUGCAUUUGAAGCCAAGCUGUUUCCUCUUUCUCUGUCUCUUCUUCCAGGGUGCCCUGAGUGCCUGUACAACCGGGCUUGCCAGUGAGUGCCGCAAUGCCAACUUUGUGCCAGGGGCCCAGUUGGCGGGUUUGGGCUACGACGUGGUGACCCUUGAGCCCAAGGGCGCCUUUGUGAUUGACAUGAACACCUGGCAAUUCGCCAAUGGGAGCUGCAUCCUCUGCCACAAUGAGCAUCUUGGUAAUGUGCGCCAGCGGUUGCCUAUCUCACUGGUGGACUGGCGCACCCUGAGCUCCUGCCGGCGCUCAAUCUCCAGCCAACUCUACCGCUCGGCUGAUAAGCUGGCACAGUCAGCCACCUCUGACAUCACCAAUGACUGGCAGGUGGGCCUGCAUCUCAAAGGAGCCAAACUGGUGCUGGCCGGUUCCAAGUCCAAGCUGGUGAGUUUUGGCACCUCCCGCUCCAAAAACGACCGCUACAGUUUCACCAAUCACCAGUUCCAGUGCCGCUACUAUCAGUAUCGGGUGAAGGACAAGCCCCUCCUGGCACCUGAGUUUGCCCGCUCCCUCUCCAGCCUCCCUCCCAAUGGCAAGAAGGACCAGUACAGGAAGCUGGUGGCCACCUACGGCACUCAUUACCUCAUGUCAGUGGAGCUUGGUGGGCACUUUAAGGAUGUAACGGCUAUUCGGACAUGUGAGGUGGCAUCCAAGGGCUACACCAUUGAGGAGGUGAAAGACUGCCUGUCAAUGGAGGCCAGUUUCACUGCGCAGCUGAGGGCAGGUGUCUCAGUGAGAAAGAAGAAAUGCAAGAAAAUGGCACGUGCUAUACAGCACAGUGACACGGUCUACCAGGCCUUCAAUGAUCGGGAAACGGAGGUGACGGGGGGCAAGGUUGAGCAGGGGGCUGACCUUUUCUUCUCCGGGGACAGUUCAGCCUUCUCCCACUGGAUGAACAGUCUGACCUCUAACCCCGGCACAGUUCGCUAUGACCUGGUGCCUCUUCACCACCUGUUUUCCAUGAGUGACCCCAAGCAAAAGACCCUGCAGCGCUACAUCAGCGACUACAUCAUGCUCAAUGCCCUCUCCAAGCAAUGCAAGGUGCGUGCUCCAUGCCCCCAUGGAUCCUACCGCAACCCCCACCAACGCUGUAACUGCGCGUGCCGUGAGAAUAAUCAUGUGGACCGGAAUUGUUGCCCCAAGGAGAAGGGGCUGGGCCAUCUGGUGGUGACUGUCAAGGAGGGCCGUGACCUCUGGGGCGACGUUUUCACGGCCACUGAUGGCUACGUGGUGGUCAGAUAUGGCCGACAGGAGGCCAGGACCAAUGUGAUCUCGAACAACAACAAUCCCUCGUGGAAUACCAAGUUGGACCUGGGUGAGGUCAAGGCCAGUAGUGGGCACAUGCUGACCAUCAAGGUUUGGGACCAGGAUACCAUCAAAAGCGACGAUCUCCUGGGGAAAUGUGAGGUCAGUCUGACCUCCGGCACCCACAGGAAGGUCUGCUACCUCCAGUAUGGCAAGGUGACCUAUGAUUACACCUUCACCUGUGGCCCCCACCUGGGUGGUGCCACCUGCCAGGCCUAUGUGGCCCUCCCUGGCAGCAUGGCCUUCACCUCUUAUGUGGGCACCACCAACCACACCCUCCACCUCAACACAGUCAUGCUCAAUCGCUCUGAACCAAUAUUCCCAGUGGUCUACUUCCCCUAAUCCUUGCUCAGAUACUGUCAUGGCAAUAUCAUAGCGGCAUCAUUUAGUAUGGGAGGGCUUUGUGCCAUCAAAAUGAAAUGCCUUGAAGCUUUGUCCAAGCACGCAAGCAGUGCUAUGAUGUGAAGUGACAACUAUAAAGAC